CCCCCCCCCCCCUAAAAUCUGUGAGAUGGGUAGAUGAGAGUCUCUGAGAUUUAUUCACAUUGUGCAUCACAAUCUCAAUUGAUAAGGAUACUUUAGAAGGAAGGUGAAUAUAUAUAACCGUCAGGAUGGACGGGGAGGAGUUCGAGACAGGCCGUAUCCAGGUGCUUCAGGAGCAGCGUAUGGCUGUCCAGAAGAAGACCUACACCAAAUGGAUGAACAGUGUCUUCACCAAGAACGGGGAGAAGCUGUCCCUUAGUGAUGUGUACACAGAGCUGAAGACAGGGGUCCCCCUUGUCCGCCUGUUAGAGUUCAUUUCCAGGGAGAAGCUGCCCACUCCCAGCCGACGCACCCUGCGGGUCCACUGCCUGGAGAACAACAGCAUCGCUAUCAACUUCCUCAAGACUAAGAUUCGUGUGGAUCUGAUUGGCCCUGAGAACGUUGUGGAUGGAGAUCGGACCCUGAUCUUGGGCCUGCUGUGGAUCAUCAUCCUACGCUUCCAGAUCGGAGCCAUCAAUCUCGAUGAGGCAAGUGGUGGUGCCAGCAACGCCCGUCGUUCUGCCAGGGAAGCUCUUCUGAUCUGGUGCCAGCGUAAGACAGCAGGAUACUCCAACGUCAAUGUGCAGGACUUCUCAGGAAGCUGGAGGAAUGGGCUGGCAUUCAACGCCCUCAUUCAUGCCCACCGACCCGACUUGUUUGAUUAUAAUCGUCUUCGUGAGGAGGACCCUAAGAGGAACCUGGGCCAUGCCUUCUCUCUGGCCGAGAAUGAGUUUGGCAUCCUACAGCUGCUGGAUGUGGAGGACAUCGAUGUUAAACACCCAGAUGAGAAGUCCGUCAUGACCUACGUCUCUCUCUACUACCACUACUUCUCUAAGAUGAAGCAGGGACAGACCAUCCAGAAGAGACUGGCCAAGAUCGUGGGUCUCCUGAAGGAGCUAGAUGAUCAGAAGAUCCUGUAUGAGAGAAUGGUGUCUGACCUCCUGCGGUGGAUCAAGACCAAAGUGGUGGAGCUCAACGAUCGCUCCUUUCCCAACUCCCUGAGGGACAUGCAGCAGCUGGUGGCCUCCUUCAAGACCUACCGCACCGUGGAGAAACCCCCCAAGUACCAGGAGCGAGGGGCAAUCGAGGAAAACUUCUUCAGCCUGCGCACCAAGCUCAUAGCCAACAACCAGUGGGCGUAUGUUCCCCCAGAAGGAAAGACCCUGGGGGACAUCGAGAAGAACUGGGCCUUACUGGAGCGGGCGGAGCAUGAGAGAGAGGACGCCCUCCAGAGGGCACUGCUAAGGCUGGAGCAACUGGAGCAGCUGGCCCAGAAGUUUGGCAGGAAGGCAGGGCUGAGGGAGGGCUAUCUGGAGGACACAGCCCAGCUGAUCAGCAGACAGGACCUGAGGGGGUUAAACAGCCUGGAGGAGGCCCAUGCUGCUGCCCGGAGACUGGAGGCCCUGGGGACAGACACCCUGGCUAGGGAGCCUCGCUUCAGAGCCAUCAGCGACAUGGCAGCUGUCAUCGAGAAGGGGAACUAUCACAGCAAGGCACAAGUCAUCCGGAGAGAGGUGAGCAUCACAAAGCGCUGGAAAGACAUCCUGGUUCAGUUGCAGCAGAAGAGAGAACAGCUGGGGGACAUUGUGAACACACUGAGUGUCCUCAGGGACAUCGAACUGGUUGCCCAGGAGCUCAGAGAUCUACAGGUUUUAGCAGGGUCCACUGACAUUGGGAAGCAGCUCCCGGAGGUGGGGGCCCUGCUUCAGAAACAGGACCUGCUGGAAACCCAGAUCUCUGCUCAUGGAGAGACUCUGAGUGCCAUCAGUAACAGUGCCUUAAAGGGGACACACCGAGUUGCACAGCAGAUCCAGACCAGGGUCAAAUCACUCAAUGCUCAGUACAACUCUCUGGUGGCCCUUAGUAAGAACAGGAGGAAAAUGCUAGAGGGCCAGCUGAAGCUGUUUGAGUUUUUCCACGACUGUGAGGAGGUGGAGGCGUGGAUCUAUGAGAGGUGGCUUCCCCUUCAGUCUGCCAGUCUGGGCAGAGAUCUCAGCCAGAUCCAGCUGGCAAUUCAGAAACACAAGGUUCUUGAAGCCGAGGUGCAGUCUCAUGAGUCUCUGUGCUCAGGGGUCGUGAGUAGAGGUCAGGAGAUGUGCAGAGGGAAACACCCCAGUGAGGAGGACAUCCAGAAGUCGGUCCAGACGCUGAAGAAACAGUGGGAGCACCUGAAGGAUGAUGUGGUCAAUCGCAAAAACAGACUGCAUGCAGCCAUCGUUAUCAAACAGUACUUUGCUGAUGUGACCGAGGCCAACUCGUGGCUGAGCGACAGGAAGCCCCUCCUGAUCAGCGAGGAUUAUGGGAAGGAUGAGUCCUCCACCAGCGCCCUGCUGCAGCGCCACCUACGGCUGGAAAAGGAGAUGGGAGCGUACGUCGUGGAGGUGAAACGCUUGGGAGAACAGGCCAAGGGAGCCUCCCAGCUGGCCCCGCUCACAGCUGAGGCCCAGCAGAACAAGAUGCCACAGUACAGUGAUUCCUCUGGUGACGAGGAGGGAUUGACCACACCUGGGAGAGUGACCUCCCUCAGAGGAGCAAAGAUCACUCAGACAUCUACCCAGACCCAUACACAGGAGGCUAAUGCCAAGAUCAGGUUUAAAUACACAAGAGGUGUGACGGUGUGGGACCGUGGGGAAAUUGUGACUAUCCUCAACAGAGACAAUGAGGAUACGUUUCUAGUGAGGGACAGCAAAGGCAACGAACAGCUGGUGCCAAAGACGUACCUCACAGAGCUCCCAUCAUCUACAAACACUCCCUCUACACCACCUCCAUCCACCAAUGGGGUUACUGAAAGCCCCACUAAGAGGGUGAACCGGGCGCGUCGCAGACGUUCCAUGCGCCGGGGGACCGCUGAGAUCCAGUCCUCUUCGAUUCCUGAUCCACAUUACCAGAGAGAAACCAUAGAGAGCGCCCAGAGCAGUCUAGACCGGGACUUCAACAGCCUGCACAACCUGGCUAAUUCCAGGAGGAAAACUCUGGAGGAGACGGUUCGGUUGCACCGCUUCUACAACACCUGUGAGGAGUUUGAGUCCUGGAUGGAGGACAAGGAGAACAUCCUUAACACCUUCAGUCCGAACUCUGACAAUGUGGGUGUGGUGCAGGCCAAAUAUGAGAACUUUCUGACCGAGCUGGCAAGUGGGAAGGGCCAGCUCGAUGACAUCACCAGACUGGGGGAGGAGCUAGUGAAGAGCAGACACAGUAAACACAGAGAGAUACAGGCCAAGCAAGGACAAGUCACACGCAGGUGGGAGCGCAUGCAGAAGCUGAAGGAUGAGAAGGGCCAUGAGCUGCUGAGCACGGCGGAUGUGCAAUCCUUCCUCCAGAGCUGUGAGGAGGCCCGUGCCCAGCUCAUGGAGCAGUUCACCCAGCUGGACACUGUGGACGGUGUGGGUACUACCUCCACAGCCCUGGACACUGAGGAGAGGGCCCAGGCUCAAGCACAAAGAGACAUACAGGCCCUGGAGAGGAAGAUAUCAUACCUCAAGAGUGUGGCUAAAAUGAAGCAGGACUGCAGCCCAGCAGAGGCCGCAGCCAUCAUGGAGGAGGUGCGGGGCCUGGAGGCUCUGCUGGAGCAGGUGAAGGGCCAGGCAUCAGAGAGACAGAGGCUUCUGGAGGAGGCCAAGCGGCUGCAGCUGUUUCAGCAGGAGACCAGGGACCUGCUGCUGUGGGCCGGGGCCGCCCAGGACCGCCUACUGGAGGACGACACAGCCUCGGACGUGACCUCCGCUCAGACCCUCCUGAAUGACAACCAGGAUCUGAGGAUAGAGAUCGACGCGCAAAGGGAGAGGGUGAAAGACAUGGAGAAACUUGGAAAGUCUCUUGAGGAACAAUCGAGGGGAAACCGAGGUGUGAAGGACGUCCAGCAGACGCUGGGAAAGCUGAGCCAGGAGUGGACCAAGCUGGACAAACUCUGGGGCAGUAGGAACAGGAGGCUGGAACAGGGGGUGGAGCUACAGAAGCUGAAUCAGGAGGCUGAUCGUAUCGAGGCAGCCCUGUCUGGGCAUGAGGCCAGGCUGAAGGUCAAAGACCUGGGGGACUCUGUAGACAAUGUCCACAGUCUGUUGGGCAGACAGGAGGAACUGGAGGGCCUACUGAAUUCUCUGGACCAACAGAUCAGCCUCUUCCAAGACAAGAGCAAGGAACUCGUCAACAAACGACACUUUGCUGCCAAACAAAUACAGGAGAGGUCACAGACUAUUCAAGAGCGCAAUAAGAAGCUUGGAGAGAGCUGCAAACGAAGACGGACCCUCCUGCUUGAUUCACAUAAGUAUCAGGAGUUCCAGAGAGAUGCUGAAGAAAUGCUCAUGUGGAUGGAGGAGAAGUCCAAGAUAGCUGAAGACGAGUCGUACCGGGACCCUACCAAUAUCCUCCGCAAGCUGAAGAGACAUGAAGCAGCUGAGAAAGAGAUGCAAGCUAACCAAGUGUGGCUAGACAGACUCACACAGUUGGGAGAGGAGAUGCUGUCGGAGGAGCACUACGAGAGCCAGAACAUCAGGAGGAAGUCGACCCAGGUUAACAGUCGCUGGCUCAGGCUCCAGGGGAAGAUGACUGAGAGAGGAGACAAGCUGAGACAGGCUGGGCAGCAGGAGCAGCUCAUGGAGCUACUGCAGGAUGCCAAGCUGAAGAUCGAGGCCAUCCAGAGGAUGUUGCAGAAUGCAGCCAAAGGUCACGACCUUCGCUCCAGCCGCCAGCUGUUGAAGGAGCACCAGCAGCUAGAGGCAGAGGCCCAGGAACUGGCUGACAAGAUAAACACCAUCGUGACCCGGGCCAAGCACCUGGCCACUAACCACUUUGACUCCCAGAGGAUCCUUCAGGAGACAGAUACGUACAUGAAGCUGUUCAAGUCGCUGCAGAAGCCUCUGGAUCGUCGCAGGGCCCAGCUGGAGGCGUCCGUGGCUCUGUUUGGCUUCUAUCACGAUGUAGAUAUAGAACUCUCCUGGAUAACUGAACACCACCCAUCCACUGGCUCCACCAACUAUGACAAGUCCCUGGCAGGGGCUAUCAACCUCAUGCAGAAACACAAGGAGCUGCAGGCAGAAGUGAACGCCCACCGUAAACACUUGAACCGGGUCCUGGAGAAGGGGCAGAGCUUGGAGAAGUCCAGCCAAUAUGAUGGAGAGGAAGUCCAGCAGAGGAAUACACACCUGGCCACAGAGUGGGAGGAGCUAGAGGCAGCCUGUGACAAGAGGGCCAUCCACCUGAACAGGGCCAUCACUAGAGAACAGAUCUUGCUUGACUGUGCGGAGCUGGAAACCCGUCUUUCUGAGACUCUAGCUUUGGUCAGCACUGAUGAGUACGGCAAAAACGAUCUAGCCACCCAGAGCCUUAUCAAGCAACAUCAGGCGGUGGAGGGGCAGAUGGAGGUGCUGGAGGCCCAGGUGGAGGAGCUGGGGGAUAGUGUGGCGUCAGCCGUCCAUGAGUGGAACCUGGACGAGGUCAACAAACCAUACAGCCGCAUCAGCAGUCAGAUGAGCCAGCUGCAACACCAAGCCCAAGUCAGGGGCCAAAAGCUGAGGGAGGCUCUCCACCUCCAUGAGUUCAGACGGGAGUCUUCAGAGCUGGACGACUGGAUCACACAGCAGAGACAGAUAGCCUCCUCUGAGGACUACGGAAAUGACUAUGAACAUGUAGUGCUACUGAAUGGUAAAUUUGAGGCCUUCCUGAAGAAUUUGGAUGUGGGUUUUGAUAGGAUGCGGAGUUGCAAAGAGUUUGCUGAUAGUCUCAUUCAACAUAAGCACCCUCAAGCUUCCACCAUCAGGGAUACACAACAUCAGCUCAGAUUGUCAUGGAAGGAACUGCAGGACUUGGCCAAAGACCGCAAAGACCGUUUACUCAAAGCCGAGGAGUGUCACAAGUUUUACAGAGAUCUCACCGAUGCCUUAGGACAUAUUGAGGAGAGGUACAAGAGCAUUCCUGAUGACAUCGCCAGGGACCUGCGAGGGGUGCUUUUGCAGCUUCGUAAACACGAGGCUCUAGUCCACGUGCUAGCAGGGAACGAGCAGCAGCUCCAGGAGUUGCUGGAUAUGGCAGACUCCACCCUGGACCUGUGCUCCCCAGAGAUGAGGGUUCUCCUGCAGGAUCAACAACAGAAGGUGGUGGAGCACUGGGAGAAGCUGCGCCUCCACAUGGACCAGAGGGAGGGAGACCUCAAACGGGCACGCCAGCGCUACCUCUUCCUCAACACGGUCCAGGACUAUGCUCUGUGGUGUGCCCAGGUGCUGAAUGUGAUGACAGCGGAGGAGUCUAUUAGAGACGUGGCCACCUGUGACCUGCACCUGGCCCAGCACCAGCAGCUGUGGGCUGAGAUCGUGGCCCGGGAGGAGACAUACGACCAGGCAGUGGCCAUGGGGCAGGAGCUGCAGGUGCAGGACAGACACAACGCAAGAGAGGUCCAGGAUAAGCUGAGUGGUCUACAGGAGGAGAGGGACUCACUUCAUGGCCACUGGGAGAGGAAACAGAGAGGCCUGGAGGGGACCCACCUGGAACAGGUCUUCUACAGGGACACAGAGAGCAUGGAGAAGAUCACCAACUCCCAAGAGAUCCUUCUGAAGAACAGUGAUCUGGGGACGUCAGUUGAUGAGACAGAGGGACUCAUAAAACGCCAUGAAGCCUUUGAGAAACUCCUCAGCACUCAGGAGGACAAGAUAUCAUUGUUGAAGGACCUUGCUGAGAGACUGAAGAAGGAAGACUUCAGUCGUGAGAAAGCCGGCCACAUCCACAGCAAGCUGAAGGCCCUCCUGGAGAGGCGAAGCAGGAUUAAGGGACUUUCAAUCAAACGCAGAGAGGAGUUGGCCAUCUCCAGGCUGCUCUGCAUCUUCAACCGCAAUGCUGCCGAGGCUGAGGAGUGGGUGUCAGAGCGUAUGCAGAAGAUGCAGGAGGACUCCAAGGUGGACCUGAGCAACCUGCAGACCAAGAUGAAGCUGCUCCAAAAACAUCAAGUCUUUGAGGCAGAGAUUCUCGCCCACAGCAGAAUCAUUGACUCAGUGCAGCUGGCUGGUGAGGAGCUGGUGUCUCUGCAUCACCCUAAGUCCCAGGAGGUUCGUCGUAGUGUUGCAGCUCUGCAGAAACACUGGGAGGAGCUGAAGCUGGCGGUGGCCGCCAGGGGGAAGGUUCUAGAAGACAACAGAGACUUCUUGGAGUUUCUGCAGAAGGUGGACCAGGUGGAGGUCUGGAUCAGACAGAAGGAGGUGAUGAUAAACAUAGGGGAUGUUGGCACAGACUAUGAGCAUGGGCUCCAACUGCUGAAGAAACUGAAUGAGUUUAGAGGAUCAGGCUCUGGGGAAGUCACAGUGGACGAUGCUCACAUCAAGGCCAUCAACAGCCUGGCUGCUCGGCUGGAGAGGCAGAACAGUGACGAACUGGCCACAGUGAAACAGCGCAGACAGCAGCUUAAUGACAGAUGGAGUAAGUUCCAUGGCAACCUGAGCAGCUAUAAGAAGAAGCUGGAGGCAGCGCUGGUGAUCCACUCUCUCAUCAGAGAACUGGAUGAAGUCCGGGAGAGAGCCAAUGAGAAGAUGCAUCUGCUGCAAGGCCAGGACUGUGGCUGGGAUGUGGAGAGUGUGGAGAAUCUGAUACGACGCCACGAGGAGACUGAACGCGAGGCUGGAGUCAUACAAGAAAGAGGCAAGGCACUGGAAAAGGACACCGCUGACCGCCUGAAAGCUCAGUCUGUGAUGGCUGACAAACUGAGCAAAAAGCAGAAAGAGGUCAAAACCGGCCUUGUGAAGCUGGAGAAGGACAUUAAACUCAGGAAGGAGAGGCUGCAGGAGGCUCACCAGCUGCAGCUGUUCAAGGCUAACCAGCGCCUCCUACUGGACUGGACCCUGAAGCAGAGCUCUGAGAUGGGAGAGAAAGGCCUGCCCAAGAGCAAGAAUGAGGCAGAGCGAUUCAUAGUAGAACAUCAAGACUGGAAGACUGAAAUUGAUGCACGGGGGGAGCGUAUCGACUCUGUCAGAGACUUUGGCCUGAGUCUAGUAAAGUCUGGACACAGCUCAUCAUCAGAGAUCAGUAAGUCUCUGACCAAGCUGGAAGAGGCCAAGAUGGGUCUGAGCCAGACCUGGCAGAACAGGAAGAAGACUCUGGAUCAGGCUCUAGGCUUACAGAUAUUCCUUGGUUACAUGGAGCAAAGUGAGAGCUGGUUGAGCAACAAGGAGGCCUUUCUGGCCAAUGAAGACCUUGGGAGUUCUCUAUCUGAUGUGGAGACCCUGCAGAGAAAGCAAGCCCUGUUUGAGAACACUCUGGAUGCUCAGAUGGAGCAGGUGGAAGGAGUGGAGCGGUUCGCCCAACAGCUGAUCCAGCAGAAACACUUUGACUCGGAAAAUAUCAAGUGCAAGAGCAAGUCUGUGCUGCUCAGAAAAGGAAAACUGUUGGAAAUGAGUAAGGUUCGCCGGAAGGCUCUUGAAGAAUCUCUACAACUCCAGAUGUUCCUGGGUAGCAGCUAUGAGGUGUGCUCGUGGCUCAAUGAGAGGAAUGCAGUGGCCCUGGAUGAAAGCUGGAGAGACCCCAUCAACCUCCAGGCCAAACUGCUGAAACACCAGAGCUUUGAAGCUGAGAUCUUAGCCAACCGUAACCGAGUUGACACUCUUACUAAGGAGGGGGAGAGAAUGAUAGCAGCGGGUCACUCCACUCCUGGGAAGAUCAAACCGUGGCUGAAGGACCUUAACCAUGGCUGGGACCUGCUCCUCAACAACUGUAAAGAGAAGAAAUCUCGUCUGCAGCAGGCCUACCAGGCUUUACAGUUCCAACGUUCUCUGGACGACAUCGAGGAGUGGCUUGGGUCCGUAGAAGUUGAAGUAACCAACGAGGACUGUGGCACUGACCUCCCGUCAGUCAACAGGCUGCUGAAGGCUCUACAGGACCUGGAGGAGGUAGUGGAUGGCUAUCUGGAGAGGGUCCAGGGCCUGGUGGAUACAGCCAAGGACUUCAGCUCCAAGGGCAACUUCCUGGCCCAGGAGAUCCAGCAACGAGUAGGCCAAACUGUCAAUAGGUAUAACAGUUUGGCUGAGCCAUUGCAGAACCGACAGGAGACCUUAGAAUCCUGGCAGCUGUUGUUCCAGUUCUACCGUGACAUGGAGGAUGAGCUGGUCUGGGUCCAGGACAAACUGCCCUCUGCCUCCGCCAAAGACUGGGGAACCUCCCUACAGAGUACUCAGUCUAUGGUCAAAAAACAUCAGGCUCUGGUGCAAGAGAUAGCGAGCCGUACCCCUCUGGUGCAGGCUGUCCAGAAUGCAGGGCAGAACCUGGUGAGGGGCAGACACUUUGCCUCGCAUGAGAUCAGCAAGAAGCUGGCUGGGCUCAAGAAGAUUUUUGAGAGCCUGACGAGAGAGUCAGAAAACAAGGGCCGACUGCUACAGGAGGCUCUGAAAAUACAGACCUUCCUCUCUGAGGUUUCAGAACUAGAACUGUGGAUGGAUGAGCAGAGACCAAUGUUAGAGUCAAAAGAUUUUGGGAAGAGUGAGGAGGCCACCGAGGUCCUCCUGAGGAAGCUGGACUCUGUAGACCUGGACAUGGAGAACCAGCGGCAGAAAGUAGAGUCUCUUCAGGAGACUGGCGCUAAACUGGAGCACUGUGGCCACCCCAACAGCCAUUUAGUGAGUAAGAGUCUUCCAGACGUGCUGGGUGAGUAUGAGAGUCUGCUGCGUGUCUCUGGCUCGCGACGGGCAGCUCUGGAGGAUCAGCUGAACCUUUAUGUGUUUGAGAGAGAGGCCCGGGAGCUGCAGAACUGGCUGUGCUCCCGCAAGACCCUGGCUGAGUCAGAAGACUUUGGACAAGACCUGGAGGAUGUGGAGAUGUUGCAGAAGAAGUUUGAAGACUUUGUGGCUGAGGUGAACACGCUGGGCCAGAGUAAACUCAACACUGUUCAACAACUACGACAAGAGGUGAAGUCUGCUGAAGGCCCGAGACGAGAGGCAGCGCUGCACAAAUUAUGGGACGACCUCAACCAGAAUGUGAAGAUUAGAGCGGAGAACCUGAAGUCUGCCCGAGAGGUGCACCAGUUUGACCAUGACGUGGACGAGCUGAAGGGUUGGAUGAGUGAGAAGGAGGUGGUGUUGGACUCUGACGACCACGAUCACGAUCUACUCAGUAUCCAGGCACUCAUCAGACAACAUGAAGGACUGGAGAGAGAUUUGGCGGUCAUCGAGGGAGAGGUGUCUCGGACUAAAGAGGAGGGGCGGGGCCUAACCAGGAAGUACCCCCAGGUGCAGGCCAGUCUGGGUGAGAGACUACAGGAAGUGGAGGCUAGCUGGGCUAGUCUGCAUGCCAAGGCCAUCCAACGCAGGAAGAGACUGGGGCAGGCUGAGGCUAUGCAGAGAUACCUCACAGAGUGGACAGAACUCAUGGCAUGGCUGAAAGAGACCCUGUCCCUGGUGAGAGGGGAGGGGUCAGGAGGGGAGGGUGCUGACCUGGAGCAGCUAAUCAAAAGACACGAAGAGUACCAUGUUCAGAUUGACAAGCAGCUCAACAAAUCACAAGCUGUAAAAGAUGAGGGCAGAUACCUCGUGGAGGAAGGCAACUUCAUGUGCCAAGAGUUGGAGGAGCGUCUUCUGGAGCUGCAGGAGCUGGAGACGCGGGUGCAGGAGGUCUGGGAGGAGAGGAGGGUGUUGUACCAGGAGGAACUGGAGAUCCUACAUCUACAGAGGGAGCUGGAGCAGGCAGAGCACUGGCUCAGUACCUACGAAGCUACUCUGAGGGUAGAGGAGUACGGGGACUCUGUGUCAGACGUUCUGGAUUUGAUGAAGAAACAGGAGGACUUGGAGGCUAUGAUUCAAGCCCAGAGUGACAGAUUUAGCACCUUACAGAAGAAGAAAACACAGAGAGAGCAGAGAUUACAAAGCUUCCAUGGUGAUGAUGGAGACAAUUCCAGGAAGAAGCUUUCCAGGGUGACCUCCCUGAAGAGAAAACCGUCUGACCCGAAGACCCCCCGAUACACUGGCCCUAAACCCCUAAAACCCACAGACUGGGUCCGCAGAACCAGCACCGGCAAAACACCUAAUCCAGAUUCAUCUCCCUCCAUCUCCAGCAGCCCCCCUCCCAGCCCCUUCCCUAGGGCCCUGACCACCCAGAACCUUGCCUCUGUGGCCCCCUCUAGAUCCCCACGCUUCGCCCCUCCAGUCAACCCUCCUCCAUCCCCUCCAUCCUCUCCCGCUACAGAGAGCAGUAGCCACUCCUGCUACAGACCCCAUAGAUUGUCAGUGAAGGAAGUAGAGUUGCCUCCCACAGAUAGACCAUCUAUCGCCCCCAAGCCAAGGCUCUCCCUCAAAAAGACGUUAGCCAGGCAUGAGGAGCUGGCCCCAGAAACACCUGUGUCGGCCCCAGCCCCAACCUCACCUGAGCCAGCCUCACAUGCAUCUCCCCUACCCUCACCUGUAUCUGCACCUGUCCUCUCUGAAAAUCCUGAGCAGCCAGAUAACAAACCCACCACACCCCCUAAACUCCCUCCCCUCUCCGGAGAUGUCCCUCCCCCCUCCAGAGACCUGCCCCCUUCCCCUCUACUGCUACACCACAGGAAACUAGACGACCUACCAGAGGAGAUGGCUACGCUGUCAGACUCAACAUCUGAUGUCAGUGGUCAAGUGCCUGCCAGAAUGGAUGGGAUGUUGGAGAUCAAGGUGAAACAAAGCGGAAACAAAGGGUUGGAGAACUGGGAUACUGUCUAUGCAUUACUGGAGAGGGAGACACUCAAUCUUUUCAAAGACAGAGACGCAGCUACAGAGAGGUCUUCCCUAUGGCCCCCCAUCAAUAUGGUUGGAGCAGUGUGUAAGGAAAACCCAUACUAUAGGAGAAAAGACCAUACCUUCAAACUAACUCUGGAUGAUGGAAGUCAGUACCUGUUCGCUGCCUUUAGCCGAGAGCAGCAGCUCAAAUGGGUAGAGGAACUUCAGAACUGCACCAAGUCUGGAAGCUCCUCUGACUCUGAGGAUUCUGGGAACUCCUCAAAGGACACAGUAGAUCAUCAGUACUCCAAACAGGUCAACAUCAAUGAUGCUUCUGAGAACAAAGGGUUUCUCAGAGUUGGCUCCAGUGAAAGUGUUGGUUCCAGAGUUGGCUCCAGUGAAAGUGUUGAUUCUAGAGUUGGCUCCCGUGAAAGUUUUGGUUCUAGAGUUGGCUCCAGAGAAAGUGUGGUUUCCAAUGAAAGUUUUGAGAGCGAUAUAGGGCCACCACCAAAGCCCCCCCAUACCUAUUACAACAAGCACCGCUACCCUACAGGAGGGGGGACCAAAGAUGAAGGGACUGUAAUAACUCAGAGCCUGAGUUCCUUACAGGGGAGGCAUCCCUCCACCGCCCAACCUCCUCUACCUCCACAAAGCCUCAAUGACCCUGAGACCAAAGACAAACCCAAGAACAAGAGUGUCUUCAAGAAGCUCUUCGGAAAGUGAUUUGGGAUAUUUCCUGUGUUAUUAGAAUAGAGUCAUCUUAACAAUUUAUAUCUUAAUAUUACCUUUACAAUGGUCAAAUCAAAUGCCACAAUCUUUCUGUUGUUAACCAUUAGCAAUGGUUUAUGAUAUGUUAGCAACAAUUUGUAUGUUCAUUUUCUCCUUGUGUUGAUCUACUCAAGAUGGCUGCAUGCUCAUGAGAUUUUAUGCCAGUGCCUAUAUAAAAAGCGAAUUUAUUUAUUCAAUAGAAAUAAUUACAUUCAGUUUGGCCUAUUUCAUUUUACACAUUUCAAACCACAAUCAUUUUCGAAUCACCACAUUUGGUAAUUGAACUAAUAUCUCUUGUGUAGAAACGUAUAAAUAGAUCAUCUUUACCAUGCUCAAACGAAGUUUCACGUUAAUUAUGCAUUAUGUCAAUGACAGAUUUGCCGAUAUUCGAAUUAUACAUGUCUAUUUUAAGUAAAUAUGUCACCGAUAUUUAAUUAUAUGGAUUAUAGGCUGCCAAUCUUGUUUUGAAAAUGUGAAAAUAUUUUUAACAGCAUAUUGAGUGAGAAAGAAAUACAUGAUAUGAAGUGUAUUCUUUAAAUAUUUUAGUCAAAAGAAAUGAGAGGACAUUUUUCAAAGUUAGUAUAAUUUUUUGCAAUUAAUUUUCAUGCCAUAACUUAAUGACCUUGUGAUUAUGAUGGGUGUACUUUUACAACUUUUACAUUAUACAUUUAGCAAAAGUCAUUCGUAUUUGAAUAACUUUCGGUUUAGACUGCAACUAAGAAUCAACUAAAUGACAUAUUUUAGAUUGAGAAUGUGUUAGUAUAAUAAAAGCCUGCAUUCAGGUAAAAUUAGGGGACAAUUUUUGUCAUCCAAUAUUCCACAUGUAUUACGCUUUUUUGUGUAGGCUAGUAGCCAAAAUACCUUCACUUUUGAUCAUCUGAUUAAACGGUUAUGUAUGUGUGUUUUGCGGAUUCUGUAAAAAUACAUGUCUUUGAUGGGAAUGUUCAAUUUCACUGGAAUUGAGAAAUGCGUAAAGAAUUGUACCACAAUAUACAACCCUACAAUAAGUGUCAGCAAAGUACAUGCCACAAAUGUAUGAUCUUUCAGCAUUUUCGAUCCUAGGCCUUCCGGACUAUAUGCCUUUAUGAGUCAGCAACAUUUGCUACCGCUUGAUGGCGUCAGAGACAAUAAAGCAACAAGACAGUCUAUCCCUUGCAGUUCAAAAGUUAAUUCGAGAUGUUUCCAUUAAUUUAACAUCUUGAGCUUUGUCAAUUUGUGAUUAUUGCAUUUAACUUGUUAAACAAUUUGGGUAAUGUGCCAUGAUAUUUCAGGUCAUGGGUUUGAUUACUCAUUUGGUGUCAUUAGACUAGACGUGUGGGUAGAAUAAAAAGCAUAAAAGGGA